CGCAUUUUCAUGAAAUCCUGCGGCGUGUCGCUCGUUACUCCUGCUGCUUUUGGUGAUGAGGAAAAGAAAAUGGCGGCAGGUAAAGUGAGCGAAAGCAAGGAGGGCUCACUCAGUUUGACAGCGGAAGAGAGAGAGGUCCUCGGGAAAUUGGACAGCCGACUAUUUGGAUUCUUGAGGCUUCAUGAAGAUGGCGCCAGGACGAAGACUCUACUAAGCAAGGCUGUUUGCUGCUAUGAAUCUGUAAUCUUAAAAGAUGAAGGAAAAGUGGAUUCUGAUUUCUUUUGUCAACUAGGUCACUUCAAUCUCUUAUUGGAAGAUUAUCCAAAAGCAUUAUCUGCAUAUCAAAGAUACUACAGUUUACAGUCUGACUACUGGAAGAAUGCUGCCUUUUUAUAUGGUCUUGGUUUGGUCUACUUUUAUUACAAUGCAUUUCACUGGGCAACUAAAGCAUUUCAAGAAGUACUAUAUAUUGAUCCCAGCUUUUGUCGAGCCAAGGAAAUUCAUUUGCGACUUGGGCUUAUAUUUAAAGUGAACACAGAUUAUGAAUCUAGUUUAAAGCAUUUUCAGUUAGCUUUGAUUGAUUGUAAUCCCUGUACUUUAUCCAGAGUGGAAAUUGAAUUUCAUAUUGCUCAUCUGUAUGACACUCAGAGAAAAUACCAUUCUGCACAAGAAGCAUAUGAACAACUUUUACAGAUAGAAAAUCUCCCCGCACAAGUAAAAGCUGCUGUUUUACAACAGUUAGGAUGGAUGCAUCAUAGUGUGGAUCUAACAGAAGACAGAGUAACAAAGGAAAGCACUGCUAUUCAAUAUCUUCAACAGUCAUUGAAAGCAGAUCCUAAUUCUGGCCAGUCUUGGUAUUUUCUUGGAAGAUGCUAUUCAAGUAUUGGGAAAGUUCAGGAUGCCUUUAUAUCUUACAGACAAUCUAUUGAUAAAUCAGAAGCUAGUGCAGACACAUGGUGUUCAAUAGGCAUUCUCUAUCAGCAGCAAAGUCAACCAAUGGAUGCUUUACAGGCUUAUAUUUGUGCUGUACAAUUGGACCAUGGACAUGCAGCAGCCUGGAUAGAUCUAGGCACUCUCUAUGAAUCCUGUAACCAACCUCAGGAUGCCAUUAAAUGCUAUUUAAAUGCAGCAAGAAGCAAAAAUUGUACUAAUAACUCUUUACUUUCAGAAAGAAUUAAAUUUUUACAGGCUCAGUUGUGUAUCCUUCCACAAGAUAGUCUACAGAAUAAAACUAAAUUACUUCCUUUUAUUGAGGAGGCAUGGAGCCUACCAAUCCCCGCAGAACUUACCUCCAGGCAGGGUGCCAUGAAUACAGCACAGCAGACUUAUAAAGCUCAUCAUGUGAAUACUGAUCUAGGCCUUAGUCAGACAUCAAUUUCACAGCAAUUCUUGCCAGUUCAUCCUCCUACUGAAGCAAAUGACUUGUCCAGUCUUGUAAAGAGGAAAAGAACAUCUACUCCAGCAAAGGUAAACAAUUAUAUUCUCUCUCUUUCUCAUUCUUUGGAAAGUCAAUUUGACUCAAUGCAGCAAGUGUGCAUGAGCAUGAGUAGAGAUAGUAACUUGGUAGGCAUACACAUAAUAGGAAAUGGACAUAACAAAAAUGUACUUUAUCUGCAGCAGAAUAUACUCAGUCUACCUCAUGAUUCCACAAACUUAACUGACAGCACUGAGUCUUGGAGAAAAGAGCUAUGUAAUUUCAUUCAGGGGUUUCACCAAAAUCAAAAUUCACUCUUCAUAGAACCUAAUGAUAAACAACCAUUAUUUUCCAGUGGAUUAGCCCAAUGUUUUCAUGUAGCUAAUACUGGUAUUCAGAAAUUAAGUGGUCAUCGAACUCUGCCUAGCAAUUCUGUAUCAAAGGAAGCUGCGCUCAAUCAUCUUUCCUCUCAUAUUUCUACCUCAUGUGGAAAGCAAGACAUUAAGUUUGCCGAAGAGAGCAAAAUGUCAGGAAAAAAGUCCUUGGUACCUGAAAUAAGUAAGCAUACUGAAUAUAUAACUAAUGGCUAUGCUGGUAUUGAGGAACUUUCUGAUUAUGUCCAUCAGUUAACUGCAUCACCAAACCAAAUUUCAGACAAUCCUCACACAUCAGCCUUGUUGGAGGAAAAACCCAAUGACAGUGCAGAAAUAGGAACCUACGAUAAAGACAACAGUAUUAAUCCAGUUACUCAUAUAACAAACAACUCUGUUGCUUCUUCAACAUCUUCCAUCUCUUGCAUACCUUCUCCAAAAUCUACUGAGAAGAUGAGCACACUUGGUGUUUCUGAUCUUAAUAGUUCUCAUCGUAUUUUUUACACAGUAAAUAAAGAAGAGUUAGAGAAUUCGGAAAGCUCUAAAGCAACAAUCCUACCUGUAAUUAGUCACAUACCUGAUUCUCAGAGCAUACCAUCAAUGUCUGUCUCCAUAUAUUCAAGUUCCACAGAAGUUCUGAAGACUUACAGGAAUCUUGGUAAAAAUGGCUUGUCUAAUAAUUGCAUUUUGUUAGAUAAAUGUCCACCUCCAAGACCACCACCUUCACCAUAUCCUCCUUUGCCAAAGGACAAGUUGAAUCCACCCACCCCUAGUAUUUAUUUGGAAAAUAAGCGUGAUGCUUUCUUUCCUCCAUUACAUCAAUUUUGUACAAAUCCCAAAAAUCCUGUAACUGUAAUACGUGGCCUUGCUGGGGCUCUUAAAUUAGAUCUUGGACUCUUCUCUACCAAAACAUUGGUAGAAACUAAUAAUGAACAUUUGGUCGAAGUGAGAACACAGUUAUUGCAACCAGCAGAUGAAAACUGGGAUCCCACUGGAACAAAGAAGAUCUGGCGGUGUGAAAAUAAUAGAUCUCAUACCACUAUUGCUAAGUAUGCACAAUAUCAGGUUUCCUCCUUUCAAGAAUCAUUGAAAGAAGAAAGUGAGAAAAGAGUGCAACAUAAAGAAUCUCCAGAUUAUGAGUCUGCAUCUUCAGAUAUUUCUGGAACGAGAAGAAAAGCACCAUUUAAAACUAUAAAAUUUGGGACCAACAUUGACCUCUCUGAUGAUAAAAUGUGGAGGUUGCAACUUCAUGAACUGACCAAACUUCCUGCUUUUGUGCGUGUUGUAUCAGCAGGAAAUCUUUUAAGUCACAUUGGUCAUAGCAUACUAGGAAUGAAUACAGUUCAACUAUAUAUGAAAGUUCCAGGGAGUCGAACACCAGGUCACCAAGAAAAAAACAACUUCUGUUCUGUUAACAUAAAUAUUGGACCUGGUGAUUGUGAAUGGUUUGUGGUUCCAGAAGAUUAUUGGGGUGUUCUGAAUGACUUCUGUGAAAAAUACAAUUUGAACUUUCUAAUGAGUUCUUGGUGGCCUAAUCUUGAAGAUCUCUAUGAAGCAAAUGUUCCUGUGUAUAGGUUUAUUCAAAGACCUGGAGAUUUGGUCUGGAUAAAUGCAGGCACUGUGCAUUGGGUUCAAGCUAUAGGCUGGUGCAACAAUAUUGCUUGGAAUGUUGGUCCACUUACAGCCUUGCAGUAUAAGUUGGCAGUAGAACGGUAUGAAUGGAACAAACUGCAAAGUGUCAAAUCAGUAGUGCCCAUGAUUCAUCUUUCCUGGAAUAUGGCACGAAACAUCAAAGUCUCAGAUAUCAAGCUCUAUGAAAUGAUUAAGUAUUGUCUGCUGAAAAUUCUAAAACAAUGUCAGUUUUUGAAGGAAGCUCUAAUUAAAGCAGGAAAAGAAGUUAUAUGGCAUGGACGGACAAGUGAUGAACCUGCUCAUUACUGUUGUAUUUGUGAGGUGGAAGUUUUUGACUUGCUUUUUGUCACUAGUGAAAGUAAUUUUCAGAAGACAUACAUUGUAUAUUGCCAAGAUUGUGCUCAAAAAACAAGUGGAAAUCUGGAUGAUUUUGUGGUGCUAGAACAAUACAAAAUGGAAGAUCUCGUGCGAAUCUAUGACCAGUUUAUAUUAGCAUUGCCAGAUGCCACCUCGGGUGGCCAGCUGUCGGUUCCAGGUGACUCCAUUAGGGGUCUCGAGGCUUCACCCCCUCUCUACACUAUAGAGGAGCAAAGAGAGGAGCAGGGCAGAUUGCUGGCUUCUGGUGCCUUGAUCCUGGAGGCCAGUUCUUCCCGGACUGGCCUGAGUAAACCUCUGGUGGCCAUCUGUGGGUUCCAGGUGAACACCAUUAGGGGUUUCAGUCGACCCCCACUCUACACUAUAAAGGAAGAGCAAAGAGAGGGCCAGGCCUGGCCUAGUCCACCUAUGAUGGCGGUCUGUGGGUUCAAGGUGGACAUCAUUAGGGGUCUUCAGGCAUCUCCCCCUCUCUACACUAGAGUGGAGGAACAAAGAGAGGGGCCGGCAAAUAACUGGCUUCCAUGUCUUGAUCCUGGAUGCCAGCUCUUUCCCGGCCUGGUCAUAGUGCCACCUCGGUUGGCCUGCUUUGUGUUCCAGGUGGACUUCAUUAGGGGUCUCCAAGCUUUUUCCCCCCUCUUUAAAGAGAAGGAGCAAAGGGAGGUGCUGGGCAAAUAG